GAACGCGGCUUGUUGUGUGGACGCCGUCGUCGGGGCAACAGUUUUACGCUUCGCGUGUGUCAUAAAGUUUCGUGAACAGUGCGGUUAACACGGAAAUGUUCCUCCACCUCACCUGACUGAAUUAUAAUGGCCUUAAAAAAGGAUGUCGACAUCCCAGUCAGCAUUUUCAAGCAAAUAAAACUCCCAAAAAGCGAAAAAAUACAGAAAGCAUUCGAGCGGUUGUUCAAAAGGAAUAAUAACUACACGAAAAUAGUGCAAAGUUAAAGGUUAAACUGAAGUUAAAUGGCCGGAGACAGUGUUAUAACUAGUAGAGUUAGUAGAAAAAGUAAUUCAAAGCCGGAGUGCAUCGGUUUCAUAACAUCUCAAGACGAAUUUGUCGGGAAAGGAACUGAAGCUGUUGAAAGAGUUAGGAGAAGCAGAAGUCGUAGUGGAACCAGGAAAGUACCUGCUGUGUUGAGUUUGUCGGACGAGGGUUUCUAUCAGGAUUUGGAGGAGUACGUGAAGAUGUCCAGGGAAGCAGGCGGUGACGAUGUGUGGCAGCAGCUCCAGCAGAAGGAGUCUGAUCUGCUGCUGGCGGCGGAGCUCGGGAAAGCGUUGCUCGAGAAGAACGAGGAGCUGAAGAAGGAACAAGAAAAGGCUUGUGAGGAGUACUCCAGAAAACUAGAGGAGUUGGAACAAGAGAAGCAUUUGUUACGACGUCGCCUGGACACCACCCAAGAGGACUACGAGGCCAGGAUCUUUGAGUUGCAGAGUGAAAUAAAGAAGUUGGGUGCCGAGAUCGGUUCUAGAGAUAAUUCUGUCAAGCAGCGUGAUGAAGAAAAGGCGAAUUUAAUAGCUGAGCUGACGGCGCAGAACUCCAGAUUGACAACACAGCUGAAGGAGUCGUCUGCGAUAGAAGCCCAGCUGCUGGCGCAACUGGAUGGACUCAAAGACCAGUGCUCGAUGAGGAAGACCAGCUUACAGGACCACGUACAAAGUCUGGAGUCGCUUAAAGCGGAGCUGGCUCUCGUGACAGACAAGAAGGUGGAUCUGGAGCGUCGCAUGAAUGUCUCCCUCAGGGACAAGAACAGUCUGCAGCAGCAGCUCGAAGAGGCCAACGACAGGAUCGCCGCACUCGAGAGACAGCUCAAGGAACAGGAACACCUCUACCAGAACACUUUAAAGGAACUGGAUCGUCUGCAGAGAUCCCACGACACUCUAGCGGAGAGGAUAGGUGCCCCAGAGCCUGUCGAGAGCGGCAAGGCGGUGCGUUCACUGCACUCCGAGUUGGAGACGGAACCAGAGGAAGAAGACGGGUGGCUAAGGAACGAGGCCAUCCAAGUCUUCAAGCAGCUCAGGUCGCUGGCGUUGCAGCUGAACACAGGACAUGAUGAUGACUCAGGUCUACACUCGGAUCUAUCGAUAUCGUCCCUGGACGGCGAGGAAGGAGAGACCUUGCGUCGUGGAGCCCUUGCAGCGGCUUGCGCGGAUGCAGUAGCCGCCUACGCGACGCUGGAAGGUUCCAGGGUGAGGGACUCCAUCGCGGCCCACGCUCGGCGCGCCAUGGAGAGAGAGAGGCAGAUUGACGAGAAGAAUGAACUCAUUGCUGACUUAUCAUCCAAGUUGUCAGUCGCAGAGGUGGAACUUAGGGCGGCAGCUGAAGAGCGCGACAAGCUGUUGAAUGAUGCUAACUACAGCAGUCUGCAGAAUGACGAGGCAGUGGCGCGAGCAAGACUUGAGAGAGACGAGGCCAUCGAGAGGAAGAAAGCCGUUGAGGUGUCCCUAGCCAAAGCUCGCGUGGAGUUGAUGCAGGCCAACAGCCAGCUGUACGAGGCUGUGCGGCAGAAGAUUGACCUGGGCCAGCAGUUGGAACAGUGGCAGAUGGACAUGCAAGAGUUAAUCGAAGAGCAAAUGAAAAACAAGCUGACGUCACAGGAGAAGCGCCGUAAACUGCCAGAGCCUCCGGUGCCUACUCGCACUUCGCGAAUCCUUGGAUUUUUUCAACGGUGAUCUGUUGUACGCUGAUAUCUAACGCCAUACACACCACCAUUCAAUACGUCAUUAUAAACCAGUACGAUCCACACACACUCUCCGCCAUAUUGGCGCUUCUGUCAAUCAUGCGCGGAGAUUUGACACUGACCGCUGUCAUCGCGGCCAUUUUGUCGAACCAUGCUCCAGCACUCAGCUUAUUUUUAUUCUACUUAUGCAUUUUAACGUUGAAACCUUGCGAUGUUUACACAUUUGCAGUGAUUCUUAGUUUUUUAUUACGUUUACUUAUUAUUACAUUUAAUUUACUUUUUAAAUUUUAUUUCAAUGAGAUUUUCUGCACGUGCUAGUUUAAGUAAAUAUGUGCAAUAGCACUUAGUGUCAAUGACUUAAGUUAUUUCGAUUAUUUUAAUAGAAAUUGGAUCGGUUUGGGUGACCAUGGUACAACAGAUUAUAAAUUAGAUUGAAAGAAAACGAAUUUUGUAUUAAUAACGAUCCGAUCGACUUAGUUUUUAAUACUUCUUUUAUUGUUUUGUUUGGGCAUCGGUAUAUCGCCAGCGAAUUUUAGAAUAUUUAUGUCACCGUCAGCCAUUUUAACCAUGUCACUUAACCAUCCAUUUAUUGUAAAUAACAAAAAAGUAGCAAAUAAAAUGCACCUAGCUAAAUUUAAAUAUAGUGUAAAUUUAGUUUAAUAAACUAACUGUGGCCUACACUGUGUAUUCUAGAUUUGUUAUUAAACAAAUAAAUAUAGUAAAUUGUGCGAAUGUGCCCGCGGCCAUCUUGAAAAUCAUCAAGUUUGGGAAGGACUAUUAUGAUGACAACACAAAAAGUACCCGUGUGGGCUAUUUAUAAGUAAGAUAAUAUUAUGUAAAGAAUUCAAAAGCACGUGUAGUGUAGGCAAUAAUAUUAAUAAGCAUUAAUGUAUGCAUAAGAUAAAACGGAUAAUAUAUCAAACCUGCCAUUGUUAUAUAAUAAAACGUUAUAUUAACAGUAAUAUCUAAAAGAUAAAGAAGAAAAAAAUGUGCCUUAUUUAAUGCAAAUUAAUAUAUAAUUCACGGAAGUUAAUAAUUGUCGUCACUGCUAGAAACAAAUUAGUGAAAUUUUCUCCAUUCGAUAUUAUAUUUCAUGUAAUAACCGAUCUAGAUUCGUCUUUCGUUGGAGUAAUAAAAACUGUAGUAUCUUACAUUGUCAAUCAGUUAUAUUGAGUAACAGUUAUUUUAAAAUGAAACAUGUUUUUAACCCUUCUAAAUACAUUAACGUUAGUGGGGUUUUGAUUAUAUUAUACUAAAAUAACAGCAGAUUUUUUAAAAAUACGAUGAAUUGCUAUCAACUAAAAUAAUGAGCCAUAAUUAAAACUUAAUUUAAAAAUAAUGAUUUAUGGAUGUGUUUCCGGUUUUGUGCCGUUAACACUAACAGGAGGCCAAUAAUGACAACUCCCAAAAAAAACUAAAUGGCGCGCCAAAUGAAUGAGCAACACGAAAUGCAUAAUUUUAAACGUGCGUUAUAAAAUGCAUCGUAUCAUUUAAAAGUAACCUUUAGAUUCCACAAUAUGUUCGCUUUUGACACUUGCCAUAAUAAUUUAUAAAGAAUAUCGAGUGAUACCAACACUAUAUGUAUACAAUACAACCAAACUUGAAGUUAUUAUAACGGAAUGGAUUAAUGAAUAUCAACCCAUAAUAUAAAAAAAAAACAUAAUCAGUUUAAAAUAACUGUUACAUUAUUUUUGAACGAAGUGCUAUUAUCGUGCCUUAGAAUCUUCUAAAUAUAUUAAUGCAAAAACGUUAUGUUUAUUUAUCUUAAAGGAUAUUACAUUUUUUAAAGAAAUAAAUAGUUGGUAGAAACCAAACAAAAUAUUAUCUUUUACCGCAACACAACUAACACUUAAGCAUUUAUGCAUUUUAUACUUAAUCAUUUUGUGUGAUAAAAAUAACAAUAUAUUACUAAUAAAUAACAUUAUUAUUAAUUUUUUGAGUUGCUCAACGGAUUUUACCCUUGGUAGAAGUUGAUGAAAUAUAUAGUUUGCUCUCUUAUAUUAAUAUAUAAUUUUUAUAAUUGUAAAGCCGGGUCUGUAUUUUUAUUCUAUAUAUUAUAUCACUAUUUUCAUAAUGGCGAUUCAGUUGUUAUUUCAAUAGUUGCAGAUUAUGAUAACGUAUAGAUAAUAUGACAGCAAAAUUGUCAUAUUGUCGAAACAUAACCAUAGACCUGGCUUUUUUUUUUACCAAAAAUAUAGAUUCUAUAGUAAGCGCAAAAAUUUAUAAAUUUCAAGCGAAUGUAAUCGUUUAGGUUUUGUAUAUGCAUUGAACAUUCCAGUUUUUCUGUAUAUUAUAAAUAAUUAUUGAAUUUUAACUAUUUACAAUAUUAUUAUUUUUAAGACUGAGUUACUGAACAGAUAUCGGCUAACAUCUUAAUGUAUAUUAUAAUAAAUGAAAUGAAAAUAUUUUAUUUUGCACAAAUUAGUUUGCAGGAUUUUAAUAAAAUUAUUAUUUAUGAAAAGGCCUAAAUCUUGAAUAAAUUUGUAAAUCUGUUGUUAUCAUCAUCUCUAUGAAAUAUUCUUGAUAUGUUUGAAGUAAAAAUGUUUUUUUAUACCAAUGUGAAAAAUUGCAGGUAAUGUGAAGAUGAAGACGAUACAGAAUUGUAUUUUAUAAAGCGGGGUUUUCGCUGUUGUCAACACGAUUCCGAACAUACUCAAAAAACAGCAUCCGAUCCGAAUGGAAUUGAACGCGGUUUUCAAGCGAGUUCACUCAGAUCUUUCUAUAAAACAAAAUGGCGGCAUCUAAUAUAGAGUGGAAUCAACUAUUAGAAGUUUUGUUCUAGCAGGUUAAUACCUGUUCCUCAAAUGAGUAUUUCCAUUCUGUUGUUCUGUUCAUUCAUGUUGUACUAAAUUUUAAAAAAAAGGUUGCUAUUAAAUUAAAUAGAAAUAAAAUUAUGCUUCUGAUCCACUUUUAUUAGGAGUGAAAUUGUUUUGAAAUUAUUUUAUUUGAACCCGUUGAAAGUCUUAAAAUGUAAUUGCGAAUCCAAUAUUUUUCUCAUCAUUAUUAACCCUUUAUGUUUUUGUAUUCUCCGACCUUACCUAUAAGUUACCACGGCUAACCCUUACAGCAACAAGUCGGUAGUUAUCAUACUGAUUGUGUAGAGAGACAAACAUUAGUCAGAAGCCAAACUCUGAUGUAAUGACGGAACAAGCUCGUAUGAGUGGAAUCGAUUCGUGUGGUCGAUUAGUGAAAACCCCGCUUAAGACGCUGCAGUUAUUUGUAAUCUGUAAUGUAAAGUCGACGAAGAUAUCUUAAGACCUUGUCUUGGGAUAAACAAGACGAUCGACCGUUAUAACACUAAAUUUUUACACACUUUCUAUAAAUAAUUGAAGUCAAUUCUUUCAUUUAUCCUUUAUCCAGUAUUCACAUCAUCUGAUAUUUAUUCACAAGUAGUAUAUAUUGUUGCUCUAACUACUUUGAUUUACUAGCUGUAUAUAGUUUCACGUAUUUGUAGAAGAUAUAUUACUUUAAAACAUAUUAUAAUGUACCCAUGUUUUUAUGUGAUCUUUAAAAAAAACACAUACCAUUUACGUAUGCAAAAAGGUGCAUAGCAACAGAUGAUUAUGAAAAGUUUUGUAGUCCACCUGUGUGGGAAGGCCUUUAUGAGAUGAUUGAUAAAAACGGAUGAAACGAACGAUUACUACUUAACAUUUACAUGUACUUAACAACAUUAAUUUUAAAUACCGUGACUAGUUGUAACUUAAUGUAUUAAUUGUGGAAAUAAAUCAUUAUUAUUAUUGAAA